CCGCCCCCGCUGCACCCCUCCAUCGCCCCGGGCUCUUCGAUCACUACACGCCGACCGACCGACCACUGCGCCUGCUGAAAUCGCCCCCACGCCAAGCCAAGCCAAGCCCCAGCCCCUUCUCAUCGGAGGCGCUUAUCUUCUCGGAGACUAUGGGCUUCGACUGGUCUUUUGAGGGCCUUUUUUCGAACCAAAGUUGACAUGGCUCGCGCGCCGUGGGACUCUCGUCGGUGUCGGGCUUAAGGGAACCCCAGCGCGCCAUCCAUCAUGCCCCUCCUGAAUCGGCUGCUGUGCGUUUGGAUGUGCGCCGAGGCCGUGGCCGCUGCACACGCACACGCGGACGAGCAGAGCCGGCGGUGGCGCACUUUGAACGGGGCGCCGUCGCGGGACGUCCUCCACCCGGAGUUGGACUCGGAGACGAAGUGGUCCGAAGCCGCCGCCGCAGCGGUGGAAGCGCCGCAUGCACCGAGCCCGCUGCGUAAUUGGAGCGGACACCCGGCGUUGGGCGCGGGCGCUGAGCGGCCAGUGAGCGAAUACGACCCGCCAGCGAGGACAAGGAGGCGCGAGCGGCGUCAAAGAGGGAACGGCAAGCGGCGAAGCGAGCGUCUUGAGCGCCGGGCCGCCGCCGCCCCCGCUGCGGCCGCCUGGCCGUCGGUCAUGGCGCAGGAGCAAGACGAACCCGCCGAAGCUCCGUCGAGUUCCAACGCCAGCAGCACCAGCAGCUACGACGAGUACGCCACGGAAUCCCCGCCUUUGGAGCCCGGCACCCCUCGGAGCAAAGUGAAGCGGGUGAGGAACCCCUUCUACCCGCUGAGCGCGGCGGCGUACGGCGCCUACGCGCUGCUGGCGGCCGCCUUGGCGCUGGUGUGCGCGGGCGUGCUGGGCAACGUGUCGCUCAUGUGCAUGGUGUGCCACAACUACUACAUGAGGAGCAUCUCCAACUCGCUGCUGGCCAACAUGGCGCUGUGGGACUUCCUGGUGCUCUUCUUGUGCCUGCCGCUGGUGCUCUUCCACGCCCUCACCGACGACUGGCUGCUGGGGGAAACGUCCUGCAGGCUCGUCCCUUACCUGGAGGUGGCGUCUCUCGGUGUGACCACGUUCACCCUGUGCGCCCUCUGCAUCGACCGCUUCCGCGCCGCCGCCAACGUGCGCUCCUACUACGAGAUGACGGACAACUGGGCGUCCACCAGCGCCAAGCUGGCCGUCAUCUGGCUGGGCGCCCUGCUGCUGGCCCUGCCCGAGCUCCUCAUCCGCCAGCUGGUGACGGAGGAGGAGGCCUGCGAGCGCUGCGUGCUACGCGUGUCCACCCGCCUGCCGGACACGCUGUACGUUCUGGGCCUGACGUACGGCGGCGCCCGCCUGUGGUGGUUCUUCGGCUGCUACUUCUGUCUCCCCACGCUCUUCACCAUCUUCUGCUCGCUGGCCACCGCCCACAAGAUCCGCGGCGCCGAGCGGUCGGCGGCGCCCACUCGCGGCACCAAGAAGCAGAUCCGCCUGGAGAGCCAGAUGAACUGCGCGGUGGUGGCGCUCGCCAUCCUCUACGGCUUCUGCCUCAUCCCCGAGAACGUCUGCAACGUGGUGAUGGCCUACAUGGCGGCGGGGGUGGCGCCCCGCACCCUGGACGUCCUGCAGCUGCUGAGUCAGCUGCUUCUGUUCUGCAAGGCGGCCGCCGCCCCGCUCUUGGUCCUGUCCCUGUGCGAGCCCUUGCGCCGGGCCUUCUUAGACUGUUGCUGCUGUUGCUGCCGGGAGUGCGGCGGCCCGAGCGCCGGGGACGCCGCCGGGGACGCCGCCGGCGCCCAGCUGGAGCUAGCGCGCUGCGACGCCGACGGCGGGGGGGAGACGUCGGCAAAUUACGCCUCGGUGGGGACGCACUGCUGAGACCCGAGACCUACCGGCCGACGCUGUUGAUAGAUGGCACAGACGCUUUUAGUCGACAAAGUUUACGCUGGAGCCAGAAAGCAUCUCUUCUCUUCCUGUACUUGAUAACAGCGCCACCUAGCGAGACUGGUAUGGUGGUGGUUUUGGCAGCAGGGCAGUGGUGAACGACCAGCGCUGACUGUGACUGAGACUGGUGGCUCACAAGCUAACCUUAGCUAAACGUAGACAAAUGUUGCAUUCCUUUCAUUUGCGUUGGGGAGGCCGUCACGAUUGUACUUGAGCUGCUAAUGUAGCCGUGUGCUCACUUUAUAGGCGAGAUUAAAAAAAGUUC